AUUAUCUCUAAAUGAUAACAUGAUAGGAUGACGUAAGGAGAGCAUCAUGCUGAUGCAAAAAAUGUGGGAAAUAAAAACACAGUCCCCUCGAUCUCAAGUAACCUCCUCCACUCGAGGGCCCCACCUUUGACCCUCCCAGAAAUCAACUAACAGAUUUUAAUAUGUUUUUUUUUCCCCUCAUUUCUUUAUUUAUUUUUCUUCUUCUUCUCUCCCUAUAUAAACCAGAUGCAUGCAGCCUCUUCAAACAUUCAGACAUAUUUACUACACGAACUUCAUCAACAGUAAAAUAAAAAAAAGUAUUUAAAUUAAAAAAAAAUGUCAAACAUUGUGAGUCAACCUCGUUCUGUAGUCAGGAAAUUCUUAGCCAGGCCUCAAAGUGAAGGCUUGGGUGCUACUGUUAGAAGAAGCAUUGGCAGAUUUGAGCUGAAAUAUUUUGACCCUUUUCUUGUUCUGGAUGAAUUCUCAGUUUCUGCUCCAGCUGGAUUUCCUGAUCACCCACAUAGAGGGUUCGAGACGGUCACCUACAUGCUGCAGGGUGCAGUGACACAUGAAGAUUUUGAAGGGCACAAAGGCACAAUAGAAGCAGGUGAUUUACAAUGGAUGACUGCAGGCAGAGGCAUUGUUCAUUCUGAAAUGCCUUCUUCUCAUGGUACUCAAAUUGGCCUACAAUUAUGGAUUAAUCUCUCCUCCAAAUUUAAAAUGAUGGAGCCAAGGUAUCAAGAAAUGAGCAGCAAGGACAUUCUAGAAGCAUCAAAAGAUGGGGUAAAAGUACGAGUAAUUGCAGGCGAGGCGUUGGGGGUGACGUCACCAAUAUACACCACGACUCCGACAAUGUAUUUGGAUUUUACGAUUAAGCCCGGGUCCCACGUUCGACAACCUAUACCCCUAUCGUGGAAUGCGUUUGUUUAUGUGCUGGAGGGGGAGGGUAGAUUUGGAAAUUCACGUUCAUCGGCCACCGUAUCGGCCCAUCACAUUGUUCUUCUCGGGCCGGGCGACGGCCUUGAGGUGUGGAAUAAAUCGUCGAAAUCGGUACGGUUUGUUCUGAUUGGAGGGGAGCCGUUGGGCGAGCCCGUCGUGCAGUACGGCCCGUUUGUGAUGAACAGUCAAGAAGAGAUUGAUCAAACUAUUGAGGAUUAUGAGAAUUGUGUUAAUGGAUUUGAGAAGGCUAGGCAAUGGAAAUCUGAGUCUAGUGCUUUUCUUGGUUAUUAAUUAGAUUUUUUUUUUAAUUAAUAAUAUUGUUGUUAUUGUUAUUUUGUUUCUAACUUUUUUAUUUGAAUGUAAUUCAGAAUCAAGAAUGCCGUUAGAUAUAAGUAACGAAGAUUAUGCAUGUAGUUGGUCGAAGGGUAUUUUAGGAAGUUUAGAUAUUAUGGUUAUC